CUCUCUCCUCUCUGACAUUCCGGGCUCGCUGGAGAACGCCGGAGAACCACCCCGUGAUUCCGGCGACGACGACGGCGUCACUGUCGUCGCGAGGGUGGCGUCCCGCAACGAGGGUGGCGGCGGCGGUGGUGGAAAACGCGCGACGAGGGCCAGAAUUUGCGGGGGUCUGAAGAAGAGACGCGAGGAGCGAACCGCCCUCUUUGGACGCCGGGAGACCACCCCCACUUCUUCCCCCUCUCGAGCGAACGCGAGCGCGCGCGCGCGCGCGCGCGAGUGCGCCUCCCUCCUCGUCGCGGGUGCUUAGACAGCCUCGGGAAUCGGACACACACGGGUGGAGAGAACUCGCGCGUGUCCUACGCGAUCGCCUUCCCGGACAAGAUCCAUCGGGGACGACGGUUUUCGAGUGUCGCGAUAACGCGGACAGAACAUCGGAAACCACCCGCUUGUCUCGUAACUCGAUGCAUAUUUCAUCGGGGACGUGUUAUUAUGUAUACGUAGUGCUAGUUACCAUAAAGAACUGUCACCGCUCGAUUCCCGUAGGGAAACGCAAUCAUGAUAAAGUAGGCUUCCCAAUCUGACAAUUUCUCGGUGAAAGAAUCGGACGAAGGAAACGGUGCACGAUGAAAUUGAACCGUCAAAAUAAACAUCGAUGGUGGUCGGUCGGGGGGAUCGCUAAUCACUGGGACUGAAGGGACGAUGAGAUAUCGGAUCGAGAAUGCCGAAUGAUUAUUGCAUGUUUCCAAAGAAUCUCGAGUGACGGUGUUGGGAGCGGUACGGAAAGUGUCCGAUGAGGGUGGAAGUGAUCUCAGUGGAUUUCGAGGAGGGAGGUAGGAGCUGGUGCGUGUUUCGUGUUCCUCGACAGAGGACAGGACUCUUCGAACAAGUGUCCCGGGGCUUCGUGACGAGGAUCGAUCAGCAACGAAUCGAGAAACUCGAGUCCAGAAUCUACGGAUUGUGCAAGUGAUCGCGACUCGAAUAUUCUGCGAGUUUGGUGCGCGAUAUUGUCACAAUUUCGAAGUGAAUGGAACAGAGCCUCCUCCUUCUCGAAGGGCGAGAAUCGCAUCGUCGAAAGGCGCAAUAGAACUAUGAUGUCGACGGGAGUAAUUUGUGGCAGAAACGGAAAUAUCGACUAAAGAGCAAGAGGAUGCGGUGAACAACCGGCUGGUUCGCGAGGUUCGAGAUGUCCGCCGUAACCAGCCCGUAUGGCCCCGCGGAGAUGCUUUCUGAUUCGGUCUACAACUACGCGACGACCCGACGGGGUGCCGCCGAUCAGGACAGCGACUCCCAGUACGAGGCGCAGGCCCAGUUGCAGAUCACUAGCAGCAUCCAGAGUAAACCGCGAAACAAACGGAAGAACUUCAAGCCCAUAAGCAGCCGGAUGGCGGAGGUAUCGGACGAGUCCGACAAGGACGAUGACGAGCCGGAGGUCGUCGAGGAGAGUUCCAGCGAAAUCCUCGAGUACGAGAGGAAGACGAUGCUGCUGCCGGCCGAGGAUAGAUCGAAGCAGAGGCUAAACAAUAACGAGGUCAGCCCGAUGGAUCUCUCGGUCGCCACGAGACCGCCGUCCUCCGAGGCCGAUGACGAUAGCGCGGACUCUCUCAGGCACAAGUUCAUCCUUGAGCAACUGAGAUCGCGGAAGUUGUACUCGCCUGGUACAGAAGCGAGGAGUCCAAAUUCCGAUUCGUCGGAGAGAAGUGGGAGCGGCGUCUUGGACGCAGAGUCGUCUCGUCUGGACGAUCAGGACACGCAGUUUGAAGAUGAGCGGGGCAACGAGGCCGACGGCGAGGCCGAGAUCGAAGAGCGGAAACCCUUCGAAGGCAUGAGAGAGUACGCGGAGUCGACGAUGCAGGAACUUUUGGCGAUCUAUGGGCUGGCAGGAGGCGAAUUGGCAAAGUCGGUCAGCAGGCAACUGCCGCCCACGUUUCUCAACCCGAGUGUUGGUCAGCAGACUCAAGGGAAGGUGAAGGUGAAGGAGGAGAAGGACGCCUCGUCGAUGGCACCCGGAAGUCCUCCCACACCCCCGCAUACCCCGCAAAGUCCGCAACGUGCGAUUCCAACUCUCGGCAAUCUCUCGCAAUCCUGCCAAACGUCAAACGCAAAUUCGCCAAACUUGCAGCAACAACAACAGCAGCAACAACAACCGCAACAACAUCAGUCGCAGGAACAACAACAGCAGCAGCAUCCCUUGCACGCUAUGGCUAAUUCACCCCUGAAUCAAAUAUUGGUUCAAAAUCCGGCGCUGGCGCAAUUGUUGCAACAAAAUCCGGCGAUACUAUCGCAAAAUCCACAAUUGGCGCAGCUGCUGCAGCAGAAUCUACAGGUUCAGAUGGGCAGCGUACUCCUUCAGAAUGUGAGACGGGAAGAAUCCGAAGAGUCUAGGGUACCGCCGACAAUAGCGAGCCUGACGGCGAUGAAGGUGGAGGCAGCUGACCCGAAGGUUUCCGCUUUGAUCAGGCAGAGUAUGUCUCCGGUGACGGAUUCUCUUAUGAGCGGUUCCAAGACGUCGGUCUCUCAGCCGAUCAUCGAUUACUCCCGAUACGUGAAGAGAUACAUAUCCGGUCAGGAAUGCGGUAGCACAUAUUGCAAGGAACUGGGUUGUAGGGAGCACUUUCAUUGUCUAGACUGCAGCGGUAGGGUAUUCGUAAAGAAGGAGGAGAUGAUCAGGCACUUCAAGUGGCACAAGAAGAGGGAUGAAUCCCUGCAGCACGGUUUCAUGAGAUACUCGCCGACAGACGAUUGCUCGGAGAAGCAUCCCGGCCGAACCUGCCCACACAAUAGAAAGCAAACCCAUUAUCACUGCAUUCACGAGAAUUGCGACAAGGUAUACAUAUCGACGUCGGACGUGCAGAUGCAUGCAAAUUAUCACCGCAAAGAUUCGGCCAUCAUACAAGAGGGCUUCCAGCGAUUUCGAGCCACCGAGAAUUGCGCGACCGAGUAUUGUCAGUUCGCCGGUCAACGGACUACGCACUUUCACUGUCGGCGGACGGGAUGUCGGUACACGUUUAAAAAUAAGGCCGAUAUAGACAAGCACAAGUCUUACCACAUCAAAGACGAGCAAUUGUCGCGGGAUGGUUUCAAAAAGUUCAUGAAAUCGGAGGCCUGUCCCUUCGAACAGUGUCGAUUUUCUCGGGUUUGCAAUCACAUUCAUUGCAUACGACCGCACUGCAGCUACGUCCUGCACUCCUCCGGUCAGUUAUUCUCGCACAAACGGAAACACGAGCGUCACGAGUCGGAACUGGCUUAUCGGAAGUACAAGCAAGUCAGCGCCGUGGGUGGUGUUCGUCCACCAGGAUCAUGGGCGCCGGACGAAUUGAGCGCUCAAAGCUUGUCGUUGAGUCUAAACGGUGAAAGCUCCAACGAGGACAGGGGUUCUCCGUCGUACUAUUCCUUGGACGAUUCCUUUCAAAGCGCGAGCGACCUUGCUAUAGAUCUCACCGCUCCUACGACUCCUAUCAUUACGGCCAGCGGAAGUUCCGUCAAUCUCGAGCAACAGCAGCAGCAGCAACAUCAGCAAUCCCAACAACUCACCGCUACCGAAUUGGCUUAUCUGAUACCGGCCACUGCGGAAUGCGCCUGCAACGCUGCCAGAGAACAUCAUCAUUGCGGAUUAGACCGCUGCGGAGCCACCUUGAAGGAUCCUCGCGAAGUCAGGGAGCAUCUAAAGGAACACGAGACGCAGGAACGUAUAACGGACGCCUUCUUCGAGGAAGGCGGCUGCGACGACAACUGUCCGUAUGCGGACAAGGAGAAGCAUUAUCAUUGUAAUUGGGAAAAUUGCCGAGAAGUGAUACUCUCGACCGACAAACCGUUCCGCAGAUUGCAACAUUAUAAAAUCCACGAGUAUAGCCGACAAUUGAAUCUCUCCUGUCCCUCGCACGCCCUCUCCUCCGACGUCACCUUGACCCAUCUGACGAAUAUCGACGCGAUGUUUAGGCGGAAGCGCGGUAGACCGCCGAAAAAUCGGGUGAUCGAAAUCUGGUCGGGCGGUGAUCCCGCGACUCACACGCACGAUUCGCCACAGGCGAUCUUUACGAGUUUCAAGCUGCCUAAGCCGCAAACUUCAAAUUUAACGUCGAAUCCGUUGCUGGAGGAUCGAGAAGGUAGCGUAUCGCCUUCGAAUAGCUUGGGCGAGCCCGAAGGAUUCGCCACUUACAAUCCGGAAGGAUGCCCAGACGCAGCCUGCAUUCUUAGAUCAAUCAGGCAUCAUCAUUGUUCGCAACCACGAUGUCAUUUCUUUACCGAUCGGCCGGAUCAGUUGCUCAUGCACAGCAAGGAUUUUCAUGACAACGUCGACAUACCGCCAGGCUUCGCUUUCUACGAUAAGAUGGUCGAUUGUCGUCUGGUUGGCUGCCACAGUAAUCGCGUUAAUCGGCACUUUCAUUGUACCAGACCGAAUUGCGGAUAUUCGUUCGUCAGGUACUCGACGAUGGCGUUACACGAGAAGCAGCAUUCCGAUCGCGCCGAACUGUGUGGUCAGGAAUUGAGUAAUCAAGAAUGUCAAACGCAACCUCAGUCAUUGAUCCAGGAGACGAAGCCUAGAAUUCAGGUGAAGAAUCCUGCCGAGCUGAUCGAAAAACCCGACGAGAACUUGAUGACGGUCGAUCAGGAGAGCAGGUCGAUGAUCGAGGAUAAAGAAUCCGAGCUCGCGAGUCCCGAUAGUGGCAAAACUACCGUGGUGAGGGCGGCUGGCACCUAUUAUCCGGUCAGCGGACCGCCGAGCGAACCCGCACUUCCGGGCGUCGUGCUAUCCAUGCGAACUUCCGUGCACCAAGAACCACCAGUUAUGCCGUCUAUGAGCUCCACCUCGCCGCACACUCUUUACGGACCGGAACAGAGCUGUAGCAGGCCGUUCUGCAAGCUGAAACGCAAGAAUCAUUACCACUGCAACGCGUGCAAUCAAGCCUUCUCCGAAUUGGAUCGUUUGGUCGCGCACAUAGCGAAGCAUUCGACCGGCGCGAUUCUCAGCCAGCAGCAACACGAUAUGGUUAGCCCGUCGCCUAAUCAGCUGCAACACGACUACAUGGCGCAGUUGUCGCAGAAGCAUGACUUUAUGUCGCCGAACACUCAGAUAGCUCAGAACAUUCAGAACUUUCAAAGUCAAAUGCAACGGCAGAUGCAGCAGACUCUGGGUCAACAGUCUCAAUCGAAGGAUAUCAAGCUGGAGAAACCGAGGUGCAGCACCGAUAUCGGUGUGCAAAAUGUCCCGAACGUGAAGCGGGAACCGCCCGAGGUUGCCAGCAGGGACGAUGGCAACAAUUCCGCGAUGGAUAGCCACGAGAACGGUCAACUGCCGCAACCGCCGAUUCAACCUACUAACGUGCAACAGCCCACCAUGCAGGCGAACUUCGAGCUCGAUCUCGGCCACGGUUUUCACUUUCCUAGCCCAGCAGUGAUGGCUGCGAUGAACCAACAGAUCGCCCUGAUGAAUCAGGCUCUACCGCCGUUUCUGCAACACGGCGGAAUGUACGCGGGCGGACCCGGACUGAUGUUCGCACCCGGUUUACCGCCGGCAAACUUUCUUCCUCCCGCGAGAGACGAGAAUCCGCUGGCCUCGCUGGCGGCCAAUCUUAAUCUGACCAAGAGAUCUCUCUCACCACCGGAUAACAAUUCGCCGGAAGCUAAGAAGCAAAGACUGCAUCAUUCGAUGCGUAUGCUGAAGGACGAACCUGUGCCCGAAGGAUAUGUCAGAUUCAGAUUCAACGAGGACUGCAGGUAUCCUCAUUGUGGUUACAGGGAGCAUCAGACACACUUUCACUGUAUGCGUCAAGACUGCGGUUAUUCGUUCUGCGACAAAACUCGUUUCGUGCAACAUACCGCGAGGCACGAGCGGUUAGAUACCUUGAUGGGCGGUGAUUUUCAGCAAUAUCGGGCCAACGUGCCCUGCGGUAGGGCACAGUGCGCGUAUACAUCGUCCCUGGGUUCGAUGCAAAACAAGGCCUCGCACUUUCAUUGUCUCAAGUGCGAUUUUGUUUGCACGGAUACGAACAAGGUGGUGGCUCAUCGACGGCAGCACGCCAAGUUGGACAGCAUCGCGGCGGCGGGUUUCCAAAAGUUCACCCCCAGUCAACCCUGCGGGGCCGUACAGUGUCAGCACUCGGGCAAGCAGACUCAUUAUCACUGCUUGCAGUGCCAAUACGCGGUGUUGGGUCUGGCGCAGAUGUCGGCGCACAAGUACCGACACAUGGACACUUAACGAUCUCUCGUAAAAGUCCUGCGCGCGGCAGGAUGCUCGAAUAAAGCAUUAUCUUGGUCCCUGUAGACAUUCCUUAGAGAAUGGCGCGGCCAUCUUCCCCCGACUAGGUGGAAAAAGAUUGAGCGGAACCGGUAGGGGGCUAGUCAACGACUUCGUUUCAACUCGAUGCCCACCGUCGAUGAUUGUUUCGCGAGAGAAAAGGUCGCGGACGUCGCGAUUCCGGACGAGAUCCGUUAAAAAGACAAAUUCCUAGUCCCUAUAGACAUUCCCCGAAAGAUCAGCCUCGGUCCUUCACGAUCGAGCAAUGUUCCUGGUAAUAUGGAUGGUCAGUGGCAACCGGUAGGGGGCUAGUCAAUAACGUUUAUCUUCGGGAUGCAUACUGAUACGUUCGAAACCUUCGAAUCAAACUACAUCCGCGAUAGUAUGUCGAGUAAACGUUGAGGUGAUUCGGUCUCUUCGUACUUCGUGUCUGAGCAGUGACGUGGACGAUGAAAAAUCGGGAAACGAUCAGUCUCUUCAGAAAGAAGAGACUGAUCGUUUCCCUUUAGAAACACUUCCAUUGAUACGAAUAAGAAUAUUGAUGCGUGAAAAAUUCAUAACCGAAAGAGUCACAAGGUUUUUUUUAUGUAGUCGAAUCUCACAGAAUACAUAAUUUUUUCCGAUCCAUGACUUUUGUCACGGAAGGAACGAAAAUGAAGAACGUGAGAACGUGGCGUAGUACCUAAGACAAUAAUACGAAGACAAGCCUAUAAAGUAGCUUUAGCAUGAAAAAGACAAACUAUAAUAUUUAAUAGAAAAAAGAAACGCAAGAAACCUUGUACAUUUUUCCCUUCGUUAGUAUCAUCUUGUGUACCCUCCGCGUGAAUAGUCCUUAGAUCAUAAAAUAGCUUGGUGCACUGCAUCUAGCAUAAAGCAGGCAUGAAAUAGUAUAGAAAACAGCGAUAAUUGCGAGAAUAGCGAAGAUUAACGCGAUUAAUCAGAAUGAAACAACUGAGGGGAGGAUAACACUUUCUUAUCGUCUAGACUGCAGAGUUAAAAAACGCCUGUUGCGUUUUCUCGGCGUUAUUAGCGUCCUUAUUGCACAAUUGAUACGCGGAAAAAUUUAAUAAUAGCUACAAAUAUUUCUGUGAUGUCUUUGAAUACUUUUUCUAAUAUUUUUUAUAUUCAUGACAAGAGAGAGAAGGGGAACAAAUUUCUGGGAGGUCAUUUUGCAUAAAUUUUGCUGCCGCAAUAGUUGUCAAUUAUUUAUUUAAUUUUAAUCAUAUUCGAUAUAAUUAAAAGUUGACUGCAGUUAACGAUAAUUCAUUGUAACGUUCAAUAUUCGUGAUAAAAUACAAAAAUAACACAUGUAUUUUUACGGGCUGAAUUACGUUCUGGAGGGUACGCGAUGAAUAUUAGUAUUGAUAAAUUGAGAGUUUAAUUAGAAAGACUGCGAGCCAAGAGACACAAGAGUGGAGAUAAAAUGAGACAGAGCGACGGUCGUUGAACGAUCAAAUUAAAGAAAAAGAGAGUCAAAAGAGGACAAAAGUUAUGUAUGUGCGCGAGAGAGAAAAAAGUAUAUUUGAAAUAUAUUCUAAAAAAAUGGUCACUAAUGCAAAACUGUUUAAUUUAUGUGUGUAUAGUGUAUAUGUAUAUAUUGUGAGAUUGGUACGAAUCGUUGGAGGGAGGAAUACCACAGACUUCUCGCGCUUCAAUUUCUAAAGCACGCUUAAUGAUGAUAAAAUUCUGUCCGUUUUCAUUUAAACGAAAUUUUUACGAAAUUUAUUUCCGCACGUUUUAACCUCGCCGCGAAUUUCCUGUCGCUUUCUCCCAUUUUUAAAUGAAACGAAGAGAAGAGAGAAAUGAAAAAAAGGAAUGAAAGAAAUAUUAACUUGCUGAAUUUAUCUUCUAUUUUCAAAACGAGAUAGGUUUGAUUCAUUUGCACAUAUGACAGAGGGAGAUAAUGGCGGAUGAAAGUGAUGAAGGAGUAUCCGGAGAGUUUAACAUGUAUGUUUUAAAUGUAUGUAUGUUAUAGAGACGAGUAGAGACACACAAACAUACACGUAUAUUUUCUCGACAGAUAAUUAAAGUAGCAUGGAAAAUUUUACAUAAUUAUUCGGUGAGAGACGCGCUAGGGUGCCUUUUUAGGAUUUUCUCCGAAUUUUGUAGGAGCGUGCCUUAGCGAUUUAACAUACAACAGACACAUAAAAAGCUAUUUGUUCAAUAUGGAAGGAAAGACAAACCAAAUCAAGAUACACUGUUAGAUCUAUAUCUUGUACUUGUAGCUAUGAUCGAAUUUCGGAGCAGUAUUUUUAUCAAAUUUUAUCGCAAUUACAGUUGAUCGUUUAUUAGAAAGAUUGAUCGAAGACUAAAUCUUAAUUUUUUGAAAUUAAAGAUAACAUUUUUUAAAGAUAACAAUUGUCUGGCCGAUCAUCCAAUCCGAUGAUUAUAAAGUUUCUGGAUUAGAAACUUUUAUGGACUUACUUUUAAUCAACUGAACCGGAAAACGAUCGUAGAUUUAGCAACCGGAAGAAUUAGUGCCUUAAAGAUACUUCAACUAGAUAAAGCACCGCAAAAUACAGUCGUCGAUAUUUAUAAAUGAUUAUUUUAACCUUUUUAAAAUGUUUUUUUUUUCUCACAAAACAUUUACAUUUACUGUUUUAGAAAAAAUUAUUUAACUUUAUCAUCAACAAUUUAUCAUCAUCAAUAACUUGAUUCUUCGUAUAAAAUAUAAAUUUUGGAGAAUAACAUACAAUAGCUGAAGGAAUUUUUUAGAAUUGUGGUGGAGAGAGAGAAGCUGUUGCCGAGUUUUUACGUGCGCACUGUAAUUAACAUUUUCGAUAAAAAAGCGAAAAAACUCGCGUUGUUGCAUAAGUAGCAAAAAUAUUUAUCCUAUCGAAAUGAAGAAAUUCAGACAAUUUAUAUCAUCAUAACGUGAAUGUGUCUGUUUCCAAUUAAGAGAUAUCACUACAAUUUUUUGUCUCUUUUGUCGUAUUGGAUGAUAAUAGUUGUCGGUCCAUAUUCUAAUUUACGUCGUAGACAUUGGCCGACCAUGAAUUUUAAAUCACAAAAAGAUACCGUUUCCACAAACAUGUGCGUUUUUACUGUGUAAAGUUCACAUUCCUCCCCCGUCCUCAUCCCGACAAAGAUGUAAGUAAUUUCUUAAACGGAGGAGAAAAAAACUAUCGAAAGAUAUCACAUAUCAAAAGUAUCAUAAUGAAAAGUCGUGUUUCAUCGUCGAAAAUGUGUCCUGUCUCAAAGGAGUAUCAAUUAUGUUAGCGGCAAUAACUGUGAACAAUUAUAUAAAAUGCUAUGUAUGAAAAUGAAUAUUAUGAGUAAUAAUGAGAAAAUUGUUUAUUUUAAUUGGACAUAUCUCAUCCAUAUGACCCACUGUCAUAAAGAAAAAAACAUUUCUUGAAACAAUAAUACGAGCGACAAGAAUAAUUUUUAAAAUUUUUAAUUUUGCGAGAGAAAAUCAUAUAUUCUUGAUCAUCACGAUUUUUCAUUUUACUAAAACCGAUAAAUAUAGUCAAGCAAGAAGAAUCGAUUAUAUUUCAUGUGAUCGAUCGAACAAAUCUUUUUUGAAAACGAGCCGAGAAUGGACUUAUUCAUGGAUAUCCUUAAACGUAUUGCGUAUUAUACGUGACAUCAUCCUGUCACGUUAACAUGAAAUAUAAAUUCUUAUAUAAAUUUUAAAUGGAGUAAUAAUCGUCAUGGAUUGCUGUUGACAUUUAAAAUUCACAUAAGAACACUUGACAUUACGUAACUCGAUGAUGUUAUGUUUAAUGUGCAACACGCUCUUGAUAAUUUUUCUUAAAUAUUACAGUAGUCUUCUUUAAAUAUUACAAUAGUAACAUUCUAUAGCGAAUCGAUGGUCAUUGAUCCUGUCCACGUCGACGGUGCGUCAUUCACUUAUGGUGCAGUUUAAUAAGGAAAUCGCGAAGGGAGUUCAUCGCUCUCUCGCGGUGUCGCGUAUCAUAUCGAUGUAACGCGAUAUCAAGGCAAACAUCAAUCUCGACGAAACAAGAAGAAGAAAGCUUGGAGACGAAGGUAUCGUUCGCAUCGGGAACGUGGAGAGGCUA